CCGAUGCGCGGUACACCAGUCUCUUGCCCUGGCUAACGCAGACGCGCCGAACAGCUGUUUGUUUUCUCAGCCCUCUCCACAGGCUUAAGCCUACUUUGACAGCGCGAGAUGAUCGCACUUUGCGUGUAGGAUUUACAACUGCUUUCCAAGGCGCCACAAGUUUGCGGCGUGGCCCUUCGUUACGGGGCUUGUUGCCAGUUUUCCCGUGCGAGAACACUGUUAACGGCCACGAGGGCCGUCUCGCAGCCCUCAAACUUUGUGUAACCAUAUUGCUUGUUGCUAUCUAACGCGUCGCCGGUCGUCGCAACCCCGCCUGCCCUCGUGGACGCUGUUUCAGGCUUUGCUUAUCCCAACGUGCUCCUUAUACAUCAAUCGAAGCCUCAGGCCUCGCUCUGUCACGACAAAUGCCUCGCUCAAGCACAGUUGCGGCCAGAUGUGCUGCACUAAACACUUCGAUCGCUCAGGUUAUUCCGGAUAUCAGCAGCUUCGCGAGACAGGUGCGCGAAGCCAGGACCGACCUCAACGCUAUCAACAAUGAUCUGCAGAUCAUCAGAACCGGUCUUGGUGUUGCACAGGAUGACUUUUCGACAUUUGGCUCCAAGCUACCUACUGCACUUGUUGAUGCAUUCACCCAAAUUCUGGACUCCAGCGAUGACACCAGCGAGCGUUUGCACAAGACCUUCUUAAAGCUGUCAUGCAGUACCUCGCCAAAGGAUGAUUGGCGAACACUAAGAGACGGCACUCUCAUAAUUCUACGGCAAGACCUCGAGGCUUCGAGGAUUGUGCUCGACCUUGCUGUUGAUUAUCUCUCAUUAUUCGGUCGCACUGACACCAUAGACUCGCUCGACUCACUCAUUGAAAGCUAUGUCAGUGGUCUGACUGAGUCGACCAACGAGCUCUUGAAGCGUACUGAUAUGGAAGAGAUCCAUGUCAAUCAACUUGCCAGAGAAAGGCUCAAAUCGUUACUGCAAGCAGUUCGUCUACUUCGAUCGUGUAUCACAGCCCUAUCCCGAGAAGGAGUAUCACCGGUAUCAAGAACUUCUGGGCCUGAGCGAAGAACGACCACACCAAGGCCCGAUUCACUGGAACCAUCGUUAGGCGAGUCACGCCGCAGUGGAAGUGGCAGGAACAGCCCUUCGCAACAGUCGAUAUCAACCAAAUCCUCAGAUAAGGGAAUUGGAGCAUGGCUUGCAGAUGUUCCUUGUCAUCAAGAUGCUCAGCCACUAACACACUCAAUGAUCAUCAAAGUCACCGACGACAGGUCACACUCCAGAGCAACGUCCCACAUCAACUUCCCGUCCUCCCGUGGUACAUUCUACACAGACGAUGGCGUCUCAUCAAGUCGCACUCUAGUCGCUCCUGAGUCCAGGGAGUCGAGACUCAAGAAAUCGCAGAGCUGGUGCUCAGAAGCAUCGACCCGACUUGACGUCAAGAUGAAAGCAAAGGCAAAGACAAGACUAGCUCGAGAGUAUUCACCAACGGUGUCAAGCUCAGACGUCUCCAUCAUCCACAAGAGAAUAACAUCAGACAAAAUCGCCGUAGCCAAAGGCAACCGAAAAGAUCUCGACAUCGGCUCUCGCGUCGGCGUUGACCGCAUCCUCGCCAACAUCCCCUCAGACGCCACAUCCGCCGAAGUCGAGCGCGUCCUUUGGGAAGGUGCAAACCCCAUGGUUGUCCACCCCGAAUACGGAUUCUUCUUCAUCCGCGCCGCGCACGAAAUGUCCUCCGACAUACUCCGCGUACUGGUGGAAUACGGCGCCGACAUUACUCGCACAACAUCCACCCGGUACUACUCCGCGAUGCACGCCGCGGUGCUAGGCGGCCAGCUCGAAAUCGUGAAAAGCCUUACCUCCCUGGGUCAUUCCAUCGACGCCACCAAUAACCUCGGUGAAACGCCGCUGCACCUCGCCGCACGGACGCCUGGUGCGAAUCUUCGCGAGAUUGCAAAGUUUCUGGCGGAUAAAGGCGCGGAUGUUAAUCAUGAGGCGAACGAUGGGAACACGCCGCUGCAAAUGGCGCUAACGGCGAAGAGACUGGAGGGCAGGGAGAGGAGUUUGAUGAUUGAGUUGUUGUUGAGUUAUGGGGCGGAGGGCGAGUUGAAUCAGGAUUUGGAGGGGCGAAGGAGUAAUUCCAAAGGGUUGAAGGUUAUGGGGAUUACUUGACUUUGGAGGCUGGGGAGCUUGCACUUGCAUUUGCAUUUUGGGAUUGGGGAUAGACACUUUUGUAUAAUUUUUUUAUUAUUGGUGGGAUUUAGAUACUCGCCUGGCUGCGAGGAUCAAGAUUCGUCUACA